AUAUCACUCAUCACAGCGUCCGUCUUGGUUCAACUAACAUUUGGAGCCCAUUACAGAUACAGAACACACAUUGCAUACAAUACACAACGCCUUGAUGGACAGUGGAGUCCAUUACCGGAAUCAGAAACAUACGCAGCGGAAGUAUUGCAUGCCUGAGGAUUCGUAGGAGUUUAUUCAUUAUUUAUAAUCGCCAUUAAUCGUUGGCAAUCCUUCUCCAAGUCGAGUCGUUUGGGGCGAUAAAAGAUGGCCGAGUCCUAUCUAAGAUUCUUUUUGAAAAAGUCACUGAAAAAUGGGUUGUCCGUCCUCUUUCAAAAAAAUUUUGCGAUUAUUUUUCUGUUCGGAAUUUUAUUGCAAUACUAUAUUUCCCCAUCAACCCAACCGAAAAUGAGUGUCUCAUUCUGGAUAAAUGGAAUCAAGACAGUGAUGGGAAUUGGAGUUGUGGCUUUGCUAGUCAAAAAUUACAGAUUCAUAUAUUGUGUCGUGGUCAUGCUUCCUCGAGAUAUUCGAGGAGCGUGGCGAUUUAGUCGAGUGUUGAAGCGGAUUCGAUGGGCUGACAAGAGAAAUCUGACCGUUACCAAAAUAUUUGAUUUAUACGCUGACCGAAAUCCAAAUAAAAUUUGCUUUUACUAUGAAGACGAACAGUGGACUUUUAAACAAGUUCAAGACAUGAGCAACCAAGUCGGAAAUUAUUUUGCCGACAAGGGAUUUGCGAAGGGAGAUGUUGUCGCCCUUUUCAUGGAAAAUAGACCCGAAUACGUCAUUGUCUGGAUGGGAUUGAAUAAAAUUGGAGUUUGUGCUGCUUUAGUGAACUACAACUUGAGACUGCAAACCCUUCUGCACAGCUUUGAGGUUGUGAAAGCCAAAGCUGUAAUAUAUGGAAACGAAUUGUCUGAAGCAAUGCAAGAACUGAUGGAAGUGGAGAACCUCUUAUCUACAAUUCCCUUGUACUGCUCAGGACAUAAGAAUGGCCCGAUUUUAAAAGGUGUACUCGAUUUUGAUAGCGAAAUCUCUAACGCGUCCAGGUCAACUCCUAAGAGACUGAGAGAUAUGACAAUUAACGACAGUCUUUUCUACGUUUACACAUCUGGAACAACGGGGAUGCCGAAGGGGGCCGUUGUAAAGCAGUACCGGUUCAUGAUGGCUGCGAACGGAAUACAUUACAUGAAUUGCGUGAGAGAAAGCGACAUUUUGUACGAUUCUCUCCCAUUAUAUCACAUGACGGGUGGAAUGGUGGGGAUUGGCCAGGCCUUACUUUUUGGCACCUCCGUUGUAAUUCGGAGGAAAUUUUCAGCCUCUCAAUUUUGGAAGGAUUGCAUCAAGUACAACGUAACGGUUGCCCAGUAUUUGGGAGAAACUUGCAGGUAUCUUCUCGCACAACCCCCAUCCCCAGAGGAAAAGUUGCACAAGGUUCGCCUUCUCAGUGGAAACGGGUUGCGUGAGGAGCUGUGGCAAGAGGUCAUAGAUCGGUUCGAUAUUCACCAGAUUGGUGAAGUGUACGGGUCAACGGAAGGAAAUUGCAAUACAUCCAGUAUUGACAGUAAGGUUGGCGCAGUGGGGUUCAUCCCUCGAAUAUUUUAUCCCCUGCUGCCCAUGACACUUGCCAAAGUGGAUGAGAAAACGGGGGAACCAAUUCGUGACCCUGAAAGCGGCCUUGUAGUAAAAUGUCAACCCAAUGAACCAGGCGAACUCGUAGGAAAAAUUAUAAAAAAUCAUCCAAUUCGUGAUUUUCAAGGAUAUACUGAUGACACAUCGACAAGUAAGAAGAUUUUGAGAAAUGUCUUCCGACCCGGAGACUAUGCAUUCAGGACAGGUGAUAUCCUUGUCAUGGACGAGUUUGGCUAUUUCUACUUCAAGGACAGGACAGGAGACACGUUUAGGUGGAAAGGUGAGAACGUGUCCACAACGGAGGUGGAGGGUAUCAUCAGCACAUUAUUGGGAUACAAGGACAAUGUCGUUUACGGUGUCAAAAUUCCGAAUACCGAAGGCAGAGCAGGAAUGGCUGCCGUGGUUGGAUCCUUAAACUUGGACAAAUUUGCCAGCGGAAUAAUUAAGUCAUUACCAGCUUAUGCACGACCCUUAUUUCUGCGAGUAAUGGACACUAUGGAUAUCACAGGAACGUACAAGUUUAAGAAAAUCCGGUUGCAAGACGAGGGAUUUGACAUCACCAAAAUUAAGGAUUCUCUCUACUUUCUCUCAGGGGGAAAGUUUGUCCCAUUGGAUCGGGAUCUUUUCGACAAAAUAAACUCUGGGAGGAUCAGACUAUGAUAACAACUUUAGCUUAUCUGUCAUAUCUUUGUGUAUCAUUCUGAAUAUGUAACCAUUUAUAUGAAUUCAAAUUUUGUUGCUUUCACUUUCUUCGCCUUUUUUGCUAAAAAGUAAUUAAUGUCACCACUGUAAUAUAGCUUCAAGAAUUCAAGAUGUUAGUCAUUUGAUAUUAUUUAAUGAAAUAAAAUAAAAUAA